CUGGGGCUCGGAGAGGGAGGUGAACACGUAGCGUUUUGAUUCCCACGCCGCGAAACAGGGUCGAAGUUUGUCCCCCGGCUCUUCCUUUCAGUCGCCCGUCCCCGAUUGUAGUAGCUCCUGUGAAACGCACCCGCCCCCCUUCUCCCGACAUUCCCAGGUGACUCCUAAGCAGACCCCUCACGUCUGCUCCUCACCCCCAACAGUUCCUCUACUGUGGUUGCGAGAUGCUUCGUUUAAAGGAUCUUCCUGCACUGGGGAUGCCGUUAGCUCAUCCCUGUUCUACGGUCUCUCAUUUUUAAGGUGAGUACAGAGAUCAACCCAUCAUGGCUGUUCCCAUAGCAGUUCUUGAUUGUGAUCUCUUGCUCUAUGGUCGUGGACAUAGGACACUUGACCGCUUCAAGUUGGAGGAUGUCACUGAUGAGUAUCUACUGUCUAUGUAUGGCUUCCCACGUCAAUUCUUUUACUUUCUGGUGGAUCUUCUGGGUGCCAACCUUUCUCGUCCUACCCAACGAUCCAGGGCCAUUAGCCCAGAGACACAAAUUCUUGCUGCAUUAGGAUUUUACACUUCUGGCUCGUUCCAGACUCGCAUGGGAGAUGCCAUUGGCAUUAGUCAGGCUUCUAUGAGCCGUUGCGUUGCCAAUGUUACUGAGGCCCUGGUGGAGAGGGCCUCUCAGUUCAUUCAUUUCCCAGAGGAUGAAGUUUCAGUGCAACAUUUGAAAGAUGACUUUUAUGGACUAGCAGGUAUGCCAGGGGUUCUAGGACUGGUUGACUGCAACCAUGUAGCCAUAAAGGCGCCCAAUGCUGAGGACUUGUCAUAUGUGAAUCGAAAGGGUCUUCAUUCCUUAAACUGCCUGAUGGUGUGUGAUGCCAGAGGAAUGUUACUAUGUGCAGAAACACACUGGCCAGGCAGCAUGCAGGACUAUACUGUGCUGCAACAGUCAGCCCUCAGGAACCAGUUUGAAGCUGGGAUGCACAAAGAUGGCUGGCUACUUGGUGAUAGUUCUUUUUUUCUUCGCUCUUGGCUAAUGACCCCACUCCAUAUCCCUGAGACACCUGCAGAGCACAGAUAUAACAUGGCACAUUCAGCGACUCAUAAUGUCAUUGAGCGAUCGUUCAGGACAAUUCGAUCCCGGUUCCGUUGUCUGGAUGGGUCGAAGGGCACAUUGCAAUAUUCUCCAGAGAAAGCCAGCCACAUCAUCCUGGCUUGCUGUGUGCUUCAUAACAUCUCUCUGGAGCAUGGACUGGAUGUAUGGUCAUCUCCAACAACAGGACAGAUGGAACAGCCAGAGGAAGAAUAUGAGCAUAAAGAAUCAAUUGACUCUGAAGCUUAUCGGGUUCGUCAGGAAUUAUUGCUCACUCAUUUUAGCUAAUAUAAUGAGACAUACCAAGUUGGAUUUAAGAAUAAACAUGGAAACAAACAUGGUA